CUGCUAGAUUUCUUGUUUAUUUGACGUUCUUCAUUUUCCGUUGAUCAAGGAGGGGAUUUACAGGAAUCAAUCGUGGAAAUCGCGUGAACAGGGUUUUAAUACAAUUGUAAACGAACGCUAUCAAUCUGGAAGUCCUACAAGUAACCCGUGGGGACGCCGAGAUGACGUCCGUGGCUAGGAGGCGAGAACAAGACGACUCGGGCGAAUACUCGGAUGCAUCACAAGAUAUUGAGCAGAAUAACUCAGGAAAUGAUGGUGGUCAGCAGGAGUCUGAUUAUGACUCUCAGGGAAGUGACUCUGAACAUUCAGACGGGGAUCCAGACAAACAGGAGACCGAGCGGCGAGUGGACGACGACGAAGACCGCAGCAACCCGCAAUAUAUUCCCAAGAGGGGAACUUUCUAUGAACACGACGACAGGACCGCAGCAAGCGGCGAAGAAUCAACCAACACAACAACAGAGACAGCCUCCGAGAAGAAGGAGGGCAGUGAGGCUCCCCCUGAGAGACGCCGCCCCCCUCGCAAAUCGGAGACCCUCAAUAAGUGGUCGCACGACAAAUUUAACGAGAAUGAGCAGAUGCCGAAAUCACGUGACGAAUUAGUCUCAAUUUAUGGAUAUGAUAUAAGGAACGAAGACGCGCCCCCGCACGCGCGACGAAAUCGAAGAUAUGGUCGUGGACCAAAUAAGUACACUCGUACUUGGGAAGACGAGGAAGCCUACAAGCGUCAGACGAUUCAAGCGACACAGAGAAAGCCCCCAAGCCCUGCUGACUUCCCCGAGUUGAAUGCUGUUAAUAAACCAGGCAGGAGACCACGCGCGAGACCUCGUUCGAAGUCGCAACCGGCGUCAAACGAUUCGUCCGAAAAUGGUUCGCAGUUAAGAAGAAAUGCUUCCAUAAAAACGCCUAAACAGAAACCCAUGAAGCCGAACGUACCCAAGACAGGUCCUAAACAGUCGAUGAAGGAUAAAAUACCAUUGGAGAAUCUCACUAUUACCGCUGGGCCAAAUAAUAACCAAGGUCAACCUCAGCGGAAAGUGAACACGACAGUGGCGCAGCAGAGACCGGUGCCCACCGAGCAGAUCAAGAAGAAACCAAUACCAGCGCAGAACCAGCCACAGAGUAACUCGACACAAAAACCACAGUCUCAGCAAAAACCACAAACGAAUGCUAAUGCUGAACCACGUGGCGGUAGUAAGCGUUAUAGUAGCCUUCGUCAACGUCCGCUUGCGGAACCUUAUUCACCACAGCAGCAACAGCAACAACAACAAGCACAACAGCAGCAGCAGCAAUCAUCACAACCACAACAACCGCAACAGCAGCAACAACAGCCACAGCAGCAACAACAGUCCCAACAGCAAACGCAAUCAUCUCAACAACAAUCUCAACAGACACAACAGCCCCAUAGAUACCAUGGCGAUUUUCCGGGGGGAGCUCCGGCGCCGCACCAGGGCAGUCCGGGCCCUCAGCUACACCCCACACAGAUCAUGCAUCCUCAAGUGAGACUGGGCAUCCUGGACCAACAGUUGGUGUCACAUCCGCACCACUCCAUGCACAACAUACCUCAACCGCACUCAAUAGGUCAGCUGCAACCUUCGCAAGCGUACGCGCCGCCGGCCAUGAUGCCCGCGCAGUAUAUGCAGCAAAACACUAGUGGAGGAGUGUUCGGAGCGGCUCCGCUGUACCAGCCCCCUGCAGCGUACCCCCACCAGAUGUAUCCGCAUCACAAUUAUGCGACGCAGGCGGGCGGCGUGACGUACUACAGCUGCGCCGAGCAGGAGACGGCCCCGCGCGCCGCGCGCCGCCCCACCGCCGCCAUCCCCAUCGUGCGCCCCGACAGGCCGGCGAACUCGUCCGAGAAGGACAACAUAGACAGGAUCGUGGAGAACAUGUUCGUGAGGAAACCCUGGCCGGCGACUCAUGGCGCCGAUGCAUCGAAAGAUAAACCACAAGAGACGAGAAAUUCUCAAGAGCCACAAAGCAAGGAGCCUUCUCAACCGAACAGCCUGACAUCCAGCUCGAUAUCGACCGACUCCAAGCCGGAGAGGACCGAGAAGGCGGAGAAGCCCGAGGAAAGUGAGGAAAGGACAGAGGAAACGGAGAGUGCGGAUGCCUGACGUGUAAUGUAUGAAUAUCAGAACUAUUUUAGCAGGAGAUAGUUAUCUUCGCGUGCAAACGAUUGGCAACUUUAAAGCCUUACAGUAUAAGGUGUAUUCUAAAACGAAUUUUCUAGUACUAGUGAAAUAAUGGUUAUUAUUUAAGCAUUUCGGUUAUUUUUGUCUCUUUUUUGACUUGGACUCUUUCGAAUAUAGGAGGAUUAUUUAAAAAAAAAAAAACUUCAAAAUUCCUUUCUAAGAAAUUUAGUAAUGGCAGGGUUUGUAUUUAUUUUUAUUAUGAUUGUUAUAUGUAAUUAAAAUAAGUAUAACCGUAUGACACUAGUACUGUAUGUUUGAAGUUAAAAAGUUGUCCGUGAUGUUUGCACAGCCUUUUCAUCUGUCUUUAUACAUAAGUAAUGAGUGAAAGAGACGGAGAAUGUUUCUCAAUAAAUUGUAAAGAAACAUAAUGUGUUCUUUCUCAUCAAUAUUUAAAAUUAAACACUUAGGAUUGUAUAGGAAGAGAGGGGGGAUUGGAGUGUGUUUGAAUUUCUCUUACUUAAAUAUGAAAUUGACUGUAGUCUAGGGAGGUUGAUCCGAAAAUGGUGUGAUUUAACAAAAAAAAUCGUAAAUCGAUGAAUCGAUCUGUCAAUUGGAUUAUGUUACGUUGGGGUGUGCUCUCGUAAGUGACGGUCUAAUUUUGCAAGAAAAAUAAUGCUUUGCCUUAAACGAUUCACAAAACCACGUUAAUGCUUAUCUUCGCAUUGAACGUAACAUUUUGUAAUCGAAUAAUCGAUUACUAAGAUAUUUCGUUAUACAAUAUCCUUCCCUGGACUAAAGGUAAAAUGGUUGCUUUCGUAAAACUCCAGUUUGGCAAAAGUGUGUAUGUCAAGUAUAUGAAGGAUAGUGAGAUGUUCUGAAGUUAAUGUUAAGGGGCCUAUAACCAUAAGUGUCUGUAGCUCAAUAGAUAGAACUAAAGGUCAAAUAGUAAGAGUUGUUUGGUCCGAAACGUAUCGUGACUUUUUUGUACGGAGCAAGUUUUACUAAUUAACCUUUUAUUUUACAUUGACAAUGAAAAGUCGAUAUUACGAAGAACAUUUCUAAAAAAAGGUCCCUAUAUGUGGUUCAGUGCCUCGAUUUAAGCUUUGUCACCAAGUUCAGGACUUGUGUGACUGGCUGUACCGUAGAACAGAGAUGACUUUUAGAAGUUGCAAGAUCUAAACUAAUCGAAAUAUCGCUAUCUCUUUCGAAUGUAUUGAGAUAAAUAAGACAGCAAUAUUUAUUUAUCGAUACAUAAGAAAGAGAUAGCGAUAUUUUAUUUAGAAAUAAAUUCAGUUUAGGGAUUGUAUUGAUCAAAAAUCGCACCGCUAUUCAACACAUUAUUAAGCACUAAAGAAAAUCUUAUCGCUGAGUAAUUUUUGUUCCAUAAGUAAUAUUAUUAAGAUAAAUCCCCUUCUGAAGUAUUCUCUGUUCUGUGGUUUUACCUAAUAGAAUUUUCUAAUUACUAUUCGGCUGUGUCAGCUCUGUUCGGAGUUGUAAAGAUAAUUAAUCAAUUUAACAUUUAGUACUUUAAAACUAGGUCUAGACUUCAUAUCCUAAUUUAAGGACCUAUUUUAAUAGUGUAAUUGUGAAUGGCCAAAACGUUUUACGGUAUAAAGAUAUUCCGGUUCGAUUAAAAUUGUAAUAAUUAGAUUAAUAUUCGAUAUAUUUUUGUAACUAUUGGGAGUUGUUUUAAAAUUAUGAAAUCACUACUUGUUCCAAUAUAAGCUGAUUUAUUUCGAAUAAUAAUGAGAGUGAAAACGGCCUGCGUUGCUCAAAUUGCAUUGUAUUGUAUAUUUGUAUAGCAAUGAUUGGUCAAACGUAUUAUGUUCGAUAUUCAAAAAAAUAUUUAAAAAAGAUUAUCUAUUUUUUUUUUUAUAACAAAUUUGAUGUAGCUUAUCGCAUUUCUGGCAACUAAGAUCUUAAGAGGUUUUAUUAAUAUAUUUGUUAUUGUUUAUAUAAAUAUUUUUCAGUUAUAUAAUAUACAAUAGUUUUAAAUAUGGCUUUGAUUACUUUGAAGGUUUAACUGUUUCUUUUUUGCUUCUUUCAUUUGGAUAACACACGAAGAUCGUUUGAAAUAUCUAUUUAAUACAAAUACACGCAAUAUAGAUUCUUAUCGCCUUUAAUAUAAGGCUGAAACUAGUUUAUAUUUCCCGGAACAUAAAGAUUAUAGAAAGAAACGUAAGCAAAGCUUGUAUACAUUGGAAAUCCUGACGAUUAAAUUCAGUUUAUCGUUAGUAUUGUUCUUAAUUUAAACUAUUUUUUUUUUUUAAAUUAAACUAUUCGUGGCAUUUAUUUUUAUAUAAAAAACCCAGUCAAAUGGUCAAAACGAUUGAAUAGUUUAUGUAUUGAUAUAUUUAAUUAUUCCACUGAUCAGGUGGUAUUCAGAUAAUUUGCUUGUCAUCUUUUUGUGUUUUUUUUUUUUUAUAUUUCGCGCGAGCGCAGAUUAUCUAAAGUUCAAGUAAUUUUAUACGUCAUUGUCACUUUGAAAUUAAUGCAUUUUUAAUCUAUGCACCACGUUAAUUGCGGAGAUACAGAUUAUCAAUAUUUAUAUUUUUCAAUGAAUACGCUAAAUGAAGGGAAUUGAUGAUAUUACUAGAUACUUGUUAUAGCUUCGUAUUGAUGCGUUUGUAUCGUUUCUUAGCUAACAACGUAUAAUAUGUUGAUGCUCCCAGUGGAUAACUAUAACAUAAUUUAUAUUUAAUGUUAUUAGAAAACCCUAAAACUGUAUUAAAAAUCAAGAGUUAUAUAAACGACUACAAGCUAGUGUUAACGAGUCCAAUCGACAUAGCUAUUAAGUUCCUAAAGAUCUGUAUUAGCAAUGAACAGUUACCAUUGACUACUUUUUCAUUUGGUCGUAUUUUAUUAAUAAAUUAUUAAAUUUUACUUUUUUUUUUAUGAAAAUAUGUUUGCUAAGUGACGAUAUAAGGCUAAACUAUAAAAAUGAAUUAUUUAAGUCGAAUGAUUUCACUGAUAUAAUUGAAACACACCAAUUCAUCAUAUGUUGACGCUGCUUUAUAUUCUUACGCAGUUAAAUCUUAAGGUAAUAAUUUUGUUUCUUAUAAUGAAAAGUAUAUUUUAUAAAUAUUCAAUUUCAAUAAAAUGUGUAUUAAAAUUAUAACGAAAUUUAAGAGUUGCGUUGCCAAGUCUUUUCAGCUAAAAGAUCUUACUUGAUACAAUUAAGUACGCGCUUUAUUGAAAUCAUCGUGUAUAUUGUCCCUAUUGAAAAUAUAUUGUAUAUCGCUGGAUUAUUUACUCUGUGGUCACAGCGAAAUGUGUAUUUAAAUAUAAUAAAAAAAUGCUCUAUGGCAUAGGAUGGGGUUA